AUGGCACGCUUUUGUAUGGCUCGGAGAGGUCUCUUUGUGCUUCUGCAGAGGUGGGCUUCGCCCAGAUGCCAGCGACCGGGAGUUCGGCGAGAAGGCAGCGUUGUCUUCGGCCGCUGGGUGUCGGGUGCCGUGUUGUGGAAGGUGUCCCGCAUCCUUCACGCGAUCGAGUGGCCGAGCGAGGAGGAGCUGGAGUGCCUGGCAGAGAGCCUCAUAUCCUUGCAAGGGGAGGCCGACGACGGCGUUCUGCAGCAGCUCCUUUGGAGCCUUGGCGAUAGCGAACCGGUUGAGUGCAUGGGUGGCAUGGAGCUUACCUGCCGCCGAGGAGGUGCUUCCUUCACCUCUGUUGCCCUGCUCUGGCAGAGCUGGAUCGCGGAGAAAAGGCCUGCAGCCCGCGCCCUUCCGGCAGCACCGCCACCCAAAGAAGUUGGUGGGGACACAUGCAUUGUGGUCAGUGGCUGUAGUCAUGCAGUUGUCGGCAACAUCGUGAACGGCAGCUACGUUCGAACCGCUGAGAAUCAUGGCAAGCCCGUUUACAAAAAGACGGAGCAGACCAAAGACGGAGUGGAUGUGCACAUCUACUUCUGGGACGACAAGCAGAACCCGACCUUCUGCGGCUGGUGGUUCGGCCCUCGCGUGGGUGCCGAGGAGGUCUGGGCUUACAAUCCAGGCCGAAUGCUGGGUACAGCGCCGCUCGGGGGGUGGAAAGUCCCCUACGACGGCCCGGUCGACACCAACUUCACGAUCAGUGUGGACAGGAAAGCCUCCGAUGAGGAUCGCCGUCUAAAGAAGGAGGCCGCGGCAAAGAUCCAGGCAGAGGUCACCAGAGCGGCCAAGCAAAUCCGCCUCGUCGCGCAGAAGCUGGCGACAGUAAAGAUCGAGACCUUGGAGUCCCUGGAGGAAGAACUGACAGCUGUGCUGGACAAGGAGCUGGAGGCCUGCGGUGACGAGAAAGCUAAGGUGAAAGAGGAGUGUGACAGGGCGCUGGAGCAGGCGGCUGCAAGCAAGAUGCAAUCAGAAUCGCGCGAUGCGACGAUGCAUCUUGUGCUGAAGUCCUAA